GUUAAAAUAAGAGAUUUAAGUUUGUUCACAUUGAGGAAAUGUUUGAUAAUCAGUCUGCGUAGCAACGCAUAGCAUGUUUUAAAUGUGCGCUGGCCCUUUAAUAAAGUUCUAGUGUGUGGCCCAGAGUUGAGUUGGGAUAACAUUGCUGGAAGCUGCUGGGCAACUUCAGGAAUGGCGAAAUACAUGCAACUGCAUCCUGGGAAAUACUGAUGCAAACAACAGCCCCGCAUGCCCUUUAUCAUGACUAAAUGCACGUUUGUGCAGUGGAUAAUCGCUAUAGGAGAGUGUUUGUCUACAUGCAGUACGAUGAUCGCGUGAUUUAUGUUAUUCAAAGACUCGUCACUAAACUUUUUGCCGCUAACCUGCUCGUCUCUCCAUCUUUUAUUUUCCAAGUGCCUGUCAUCUUUAAUCUUGUAUAGUUGGUGAAUUUUGGUUAAGAAAACAUCUGGAAGAAUCAGUUAUUAGUUAUUAUCUUCCACUUUUUGGAUUAAACAUGAAAGUGACAGUGACUUUUGGAAGGACUGGUCUGGUAGUUCCAUGUAAGGAAGGAUGGACUGUUCGGGAUCUCAUCCAACAAGCCACCCAGAGAUACAGAAAACUGCUGGAGCAGGAGGGCGAUUUCCUGGUACGAACCCACCACGUUGAGUACUGCGACGGGGGAAUUCUGGACCCUGAUGAUGUGCUAACAGACCUGGUGGAAGACAAGGACAGGUUGAUAGCCGUGUACGAGGAACAGGAAGCCCAGCAAAGAAGCGCUGCGAGUCCCGGGAACGGCCCAGGAAGCUGCAGCCCAGAACCGUACGACUCUGAACUCGCCUGCUUCCAGCCAAUCAAAGGAGGAGAAAUCGAAGUCAACUCCUCUGCCCUCAAAUCCAGUACUCCUUUGUUGGUACGGAGCAGCAGUGAUUCUGCCCUGGCACCCCCUCAGAUGGAGGAUCUGAACAGCAGAACCAUGGGAACGCGCAUUCAGACAGACCCGAGCUUUGCUGGCGAGGUGUCCGGGUGCAAGGAUGCUAACUUUUUCAAUCUCAGCAGCCUCACGAAGACGGUGGAGAUUUCAGGAGAACGAGGGCCUUUAGGAAUACACGUGGUGCCGUACUGUUCAUCGCUCAGCGGAAGGUUUGCUCUGGGUGACGCGAGACGACCGCUGCACGAGACCGCCGCCCUAGUGGAAGAUAUCGUACACACACAGCUCAUCAAUCUGGUAAGACUGAAAAUCAUUCUCAAACCAUCUGACUUCAUUUCUCAAUGA